AUGGUUUUACCCGGGUGGUCGCUGCUCGUCGCUUUGAUCGCGACAGUGGUUGUCGCUCCCAUGGGUUCCGAGGCAGCAGCCUCCCGUGCGCUUCUCGCCACUCAAGCGCCACUUUGCGAUACUCCGGAGCUCCUGCUGCAGAUCCACAACCUGGCGCGCUCAGAGCACAGCGUGGGGCGUCUGACGUGGAAUGAAACCCUGGCCAGAGUGUCUGAGGAGUACGCUGAGAAAUGCCAUUAUGGGCAUGCCCCCAAGCCCAACCGGUCGGGGUUCGGCAAGUAUGCCGGCGAGAACAUCCUCUAUACCCGGAACAUCCGGGUUACGUGCGAGCACGUCUGGAAGGCCUGGUACUACAACGAGGCCAGGAGCUACGUUUUGGGAACCGGAGGGGACACUGGCCACUUCACUCAAAUGGUUUGGAAGGGCAGCAAAGAAGUCGGCUGCGGCUUCGUCAAAUGUCCCGGCUACGUCAACAACCUGAAUGCGCCGGGCUACUGGACAUACCUGGUGUGCCGCUACUAUCCCGCGGGCAAUGUCAUAGGUGAUUUGUGA